CCAUUAAACCAGACCUCGCCAACUUUAAUGGAGCAACAUCCUCGUGGAGUUGAUAGGAUCAGUUCUAUCCCUUCUGUCCUCCUCCAUCGCAUUCUCUGUCUCUUACCCAUAAGAGAAGCAGCAAGAACCUCAAUCCUCUCUCGCCAAUGGAGGUACAUUUGGACCUUCAUUCCCACAUUGAACUUUGUCAAUGAUAGCAAGAGUAAGAAAAAGAGAAAAAAAAACCCUCUGUAUAACUGUAAUUGGGGUCAGAUAAUUGACAAAGUCCUUUUGCUCCAUAAUGGACCUAUUUUCGGAUUUCAUCUGCAAAACACCCUAGAAAUCAACAUUGAUGAUAUCGAUCAAUGGGUGGUUUUUAUAACAAAACGAGGCUUACAACAACUCACCAUUCAUUGUUCUUGUUCUGGGGCGCCAUAUAAGUUGCAUUCCUCCCUGUUUUUGUGCAGCUCGUUAGUUUGCCUGAAGUUGGUUUUAUGCGAGUUCCAAAUCCCGAUUGGAUUUGUGGGUUUUUGCUCUCUCAAGUACAUGUCUUUAAAACAUGUUUAUGUAAGUGAUGAAGCCCUUGAAUCUGUAGUUUCCAAGAGUCCAUUUUUGAAGCAAUUAGUACUAGAAAAAUGCCGCGGGUUGUCGUUCAUCAAUGUUAAUGCUCCUGAACUUCUCUCUUUCCACAUCGUUGGUGAAUUUCAUGACAUUAAAAUGAACCAUAGUCCAAACCUGAAGCAUUUAAGAAUCUGUUGGGACUAUGGGGUUCCUCAAAAUUGUAUGCUUAACCGUGUUCUGAAGGGUAAAACUAAGUUGCAGUCUCUUUGCUUGGCUGGUGCUUACAUUGAGGAUUUGUUGGACAGAAUGGCCGAGAGAUUUCUUACCACUUAUGACUAUCUCAAGGUGUUGAAUUUAUCUGUUGAAUCACUUUGUAUUGACACCAUCAAGGAAAUUUCUUUUUUGCUAAGAAGCUCUCCUUAUUUGGAGGCUCUCCAACUUAAGAUUAGUAAUGACCCAGUUAUGGAAUGUGAAGAGAGUCGUAUCUUGGAGAUUGAUGUUGACAUGGAAGCUAAAUAUGAAAUCAGAGGAUUUCUUUGGAAGACUUUGGAAUGUGAUUCCAUUACUUGUCUUGGUUGCCUUAGAAGAGUUGAGAUACAAUCACCGUUCACAUAUAUGGAGGAUAUGGAAAUAGUUGCAUUCUUGCUACAACAUGCUGAAGUACUAAAUGUAUUGCAUAUCAAGAUUUCAGAAUGCGAGAAUAAAGAUCGACAGUUGAGGAUAGUGAAGCGGUUGGCCUCCUUUCCUAGGGCUUCUCCUCAUGCCAAGCUCUUUUUUAAGUAA